GCCGGGCGGUUCCCGCGGCGGGAUGGAGUGAGCGGCGGCGCGGAGCGGAGCGGAACCGGGCGGCGCGGCGCGGAGCGGGGCCCGGGCGGCUUCUGCGAGCCCUGCCGGGAGGCAGCGGCGGGCGCCUCGUCCUUCCCGCCGGGGCUAUGCGAGGGCCGCGCCGCCGCCUGCGCUAGGCCCGGCGCGGCCGCGGGGCCUCCCUCAUGCGGGAGUACAAGGUGGUGGUGCUGGGCUCGGGCGGCGUGGGCAAGUCCGCCCUCACCGUGCAGUUCGUGACGGGCACCUUCAUCGAGAAGUAUGACCCCACCAUCGAGGACUUCUACCGCAAGGAGAUCGAGGUGGACUCGUCGCCCUCCGUGCUCGAGAUCCUCGACACGGCCGGCACGGAGCAGUUCGCCUCCAUGCGCGACCUCUACAUCAAGAACGGCCAGGGCUUCAUCCUCGUCUACAGCCUCGUCAACCAGCAGAGCUUCCAGGACAUCAAGCCAAUGAGGGACCAGAUUGUUCGGGUGAAGAGAUACGAGAAAGUCCCUCUGAUCCUAGUGGGGAAUAAAGUGGAUCUGGAGUCGGAGAGGGAGGUCCUGUCCGCGGAAGGCAGAGCCCUGGCGCAGGAAUGGGGCUGCCCCUUCAUGGAGACAUCGGCCAAGAGCAAAACGAUGGUGGAUGAACUGUUUGCUGAGAUCGUCCGACAAAUGAACUAUGCCUCCCUGCCUGAAAAACAAGAUCAGUGUUGUACAACUUGCAUCGUCCAGUGAGAAAAAUUAAGAAAAACCUCAGUCAUGGCCAUACAGAGCAGAUAAAACUCAGAGGAAACUUGCACAGAUGCUGCUUUGGAGAACUUUCAGCCCAGGUUGCAGAGCUGAGCCUUGGUAAACCUGUCUCUAUUACAGCACAUUGCCAUACAUCUAAGUGCAUAAGGUUGGUGGCCUCCAGGAUCCACACACCUUGACCAGAAUGCUUAGCAUGUUUACCAUAAGUUUAAGAAAUCUGUUCUUUACCUAUCAGUCCUUUUAUAGCUUUCUAAGUUCAUAUAAUGGCUAAUAUGCAAGAGUUCAUUUUUUUAAUAUUUUAAUUGAUUUCUUUAAUCAAUUUCUGAACUUGUAUUUAUUAAAUACUUAAACUCAGUAUUACCUACUCAAUGCCUUUUAAAAGAAGAGAGUUUUAAUGGAGAAUAAAUUGAGCCUUAAACAAAUGGUUACUUCUGUAUAUUACCUCGCAUCAGUGCUUAUUUCUCUUAGCAAAUUUUUCUCCUACAAGAUAGAUGGUCAUUCUUUGAGACGUUUUGUUUACGUGUGACAGUGUCAUGAAAAGAUACUGAAGGCACCUCAGUUGUAUGGAUGUAGUAUCCCUUUUCUUGGCAAAUGCAGCUGUGACAGUGUGUAACUGGUCUGAUUUGGUGAUUUUUGAUAAUUGAGAUGACUUGGAAUGGGAUGCAAAGUCUCCAGCUGAUUUUUUUUUUUUUCUUGCAAUCAUGGGUUUCUUAAGCCCAUUGAAUCAAAAAUGACAAUUGUAGCAUUGCAGUAUGGCAGCACGCUCUUCCUUCUACUGAGUUCCUAAACGUGUGUGUUUACAAAUAGYUUCUCUCUGCCUUUGAAAAGGGAUAAUGUAUCCUCCCAAACGGGCUGCCUGCCUGAUCAGAGUUAGCUCAGCUUUGCCUGGCACAUUAAGUGACAUCUAGUGGACCUCUGCACAUGUAAAUCUAAUGCAAAUAAGAUCACUUUACAUUUUAGACUUCCUAAUAUUUGUCUUUCUGAAUAAUGUUUUAAAGCAAUAUUUGUUAAUUUUUUUCCUUGCACUGUCACAAAUUGCUUUUUAGAUUUUUUUUCCCAAUAAACAAGUUUAAUGUUAGAGACAAGUUGGUGUAAUGAGGGGAAAGCACCAGGUUUCAGUGAUACUAACUGCAAGCGUGCUUUAAACAGCCAUUGCCUUCCGUAUUGUUUACCUGAUCAACAUAUUUUCUCUGAAUACUUGAAAACUUUAACAAUAACACAGGUAUAAAGAGCUGAAUGAAAAUGUACAAAGAGCAGACGAAAUCUUUUUGUUCAGUUUUAUUAACAUGUUGCAUACAUGAGAGCUUUUUCUAGCAGUGGUUUAAAAUGUGUGCUUUUAUUUUGCAGAAGUUUAACUGCAGCUCACCUACUGCACCAAAGUUCUAGGUUUUUAGGAGCCCAGCUUUAGUCAUUUGAACAUGCUUCUAGAAAUGUACAUUUUUUUUUUCCUUGGAAUAGCUAAAUAACUUUGAGAAAAGCUCUAGUAAAAGCAGUGAUGGAUAUAUGAGGUUAAGCAGUUUCAAACUCACUAAAUGUAUUGUGGAUGAUGGCGUUGAAAACAAUAAAAGAUCUCCGGUACAGUAUCRCAACAUUAAUGUGUUUUAUUGGUAAUAAUUCAGGCUGACUUUACAGUAUUGAGCGGAUAUAGAGAUUCUGGCUCUAGAUUCAGUGUUGAAUUUGAAUUUUGAAGUGAGGAGAACACCAAGUUUUCUGCUUGGGUAUCAAAACAUCUGACUUUCCUGUGGGGUUACUUGAAACAAUUUUUUGGAUGUGUUCUUCUGUUGUUGUUGUUUUUGGUUUUCCCCCCUGUUUGUGCAAAUUUUAUAACCAGGCUGAGGCUAAUAUUUAGGUUUGCACUUUAAUAUCAGAAUUAAACCAAACCCUGUUUUUGAACUAGCUUUUUAAGUGGUAUUGAUCUUUUUUCGUAGGUUGUAAGGAAGUAAUAGGAAAUACAAGUAAUCCAUAAAGAUCUUUAGCUUUCCUUUUUCUAAGGGGGGGAAAAAGUUGGUUAAUAUUAAUUGGUGGUUCAUUCCUAUGGGUAGUUAUCAAACCAGUGUUCAUUUUCAUUGACCU